AUGGCGGGUGCGACGUCCCCGGCGGCGGCCGCGAAUCUGGCGGGCAAGUCGGGCGUGCGGGUCGUCGUGAUCGGCGACCCCGGCACCGGCAAGUCCAGCCUCAUCGUCGCCCUCGCCACCGAGCAGUUCCCCGAGAACGUGCCCCGCGUCAUGCCCCCGACCCGUCUCCCCGCCGACUACUUCCCCGACCGCGUCCCCAUCACCAUCAUCGACACGUCGUCCAGCCCGGAGCAGAAGCCGAAGUUGAUCGCGGAGUGCCAGGCCGCCGAUGCGGUCGUGCUCACCUACGCCUGCGACCGGCCCGCCACGCUGGAGCGGCUCAGUUCGUUCUGGCUUCCCGAGCUCCGGCGACUCCAGUUGAAGGCUCCAGUUAUUGUGGUGGGGUGCAAGCUGGACCUGAGGGACGAACAGCAGGUUAGCCUUGAGCAGGUUAUGGCGCCCAUCAUGCAGUCCUUCCGCGAGAUUGAGACCUGCAUUGAGUGCUCCGCUCUUCGGCAGAUCCAGGUGCCUGAGGUCUUCUACUAUGCCCAGAAGGCAGUACUUCACCCGACUGCCCCGCUCUUUGAUCAAGAGUUACAAUCUCUGAAGCCUCGAUGUGUGAGAGCGUUGAAGCGGAUAUUUAUUAUAUGUGAUAAUGACAAGGAUGGUGCUCUCAGUGAUGUGGAGCUCAAUGAAUUCCAGGUCCGAUGCUUUAGUGCUCCUCUGCAGCCUACUGAAAUUUCAGGAGUUAAGAGAGUUGUUCAGGAGAAGAUGCCUGAAGGAGUAAAUGAAAGUGGUCUUACCUUGACCGGGUUCCUUUUUCUGCAUGCCCUCUUUAUUGAAAAAGGUCGUUUGGAGACUACAUGGACUGUAUUGAGGAAAUUUGGUUACGACAAUGACAUCAAGCUUAGGGAUGAUCUCAUUGCAAUGCCAAUUAAAAGAGCUCCUGAUCAAACUCUGGAAAUGACAAGCGAAGUGGUCAAUUUCUUGAGAGGGAUAUUCAACAUGUUUGACAUUGAUAACGAUGGGGCUUUACUACCUACUGAGCUGGAGGACCUUUUCUCAACAGCACCUGAAAACCCAUGGUCUUCCGAUCCAUACAAAGACUGCGCUGAAAAGAAUGUGUUGGGUGGUCUGUCACUUGAAGGGUUUCUCUCAAAGUGGGCUCUAAUGACACUUCUGGAUCCAACAAAUAGUUAUGCCAACCUUGUAUAUGUUGGUUAUCCUAGCGAGUUCAGUUCUGCAUUUACUGUCACAAGGAAAAGACGAGUGGAUCGUAAAAAGCAACAGACACAGAGAAGUGUUUUCCAGUGUUAUGUUUUCGGCGCCAGAGGCUCUGGAAAGACGUCGUUGCUACAAUCAUUCAUUGGAAGGCAACCUUCUGACGCUCUGCCAUCUAACAGUGAACGCUUUGCAACAAAUUCUGUCGAAAUGGCUGAUGGAACUAGAAAGACGCUAAUUCUGCGAGAGAUUCCUGAAGGUGAUGUGAGAUCGUUGCUUUCUGACAAGGAAUCAUUGGCGCCAUGUGAUGUAGCAGUAUUUGUUUAUGAUAGCUGCGAUGAAUAUUCUUGGCAAAGGGCUAGAGACUUGCUUGUGCAAGUGGCUACACAUGGAGAAAAUACUGGCUAUGAAGUUCCUUGCUUGAUAGUUGCUGCGAAAGAUGAUCUUGACCAAUCUUCACAAGCUCUACAAGAAUCAACUAGAGUGAGCCAAGACAUGGGAAUUGAAACACCAAUUCCGAUCAGCGUGAAGCUGAGAGAUUUGAACAACAUUUUCUGCAGAAUUGUAUAUGCUGCGCAGCAGCCCCAUUUGAGCAUUCCAGAGACUGAAGCUGGAAAAACACGCCGGCAAUAUCGGCAACUUCUAAACCGUUCGCUAAUGGUUGUCUCUGUUGGAGCUGCUGUUGCAGUUGUUGGAUUAGCUGCUUACCGGGUUUAUGCAGCUCGGAAGAACUCGUCCUCUUGA